CCCCCAACUGUGUCGGAUCCGCUCCUCCUCCUGUGUAAACAUGGCAGUCCCCAGUCAGCUUGUCAGGGAGAAAUUUCCCAACAUUGAUGAGGAAAUUUUCCAAUAUGUCGAAGGUGUUCUCACUAGCACAGAGGACUUUGAAAGUAGUGAGGAUGUUUAUGAUGCCAUCGGAAGCCUCCUAGCAGAUGCUGUUGGAGUGGAAAGGGAGGAUGAAAUAAGGAAAUUAUGUGACCAGGUGAUGUCAACCCUGACGGUGUCUAACGGCACGAUAGAACGGAAGAUCUUAGAUGCUCCCGUGCAGCUGGCGGAAAUGGCUGCCAACAUGGAGGUAGAAGAUGAGGCCAUCAAGUCCGUCUGGUCAAGAGAACGGGAUGAUACUUUGAAAGUCGACCAAAAGAAACUAGACAAAGCCGAGGCCAAACUAAAAGAAAAGAAGGAAAAGAGAGUAAAUGCAGAUAAGAAGGAACAAGCUCCUAUUAUUAUGGAAAUGGCUACAGCAUCACAGGUUGUAAGCAAAAAAGACCGAGCGCUGGACGCCAAAGGUAGCUGUAAUACAAAGGACAUCAGAAUAGAAAGCUUCGAUGUAGCAUAUGGAGAAAAAGUGCUUAUUCAAAAUGCAACAAUUUCUUUAGCCUUCGGAAGACGAUAUGCGUUAGUGGGCAGGAACGGCCUUGGGAAAACUACUCUUUUACGGAUGAUUGCAAGUCGGACUUUGCGCAUUCCUGGGCACAUCUCGGUGUUACACGUCGAGCAGGAAGUGGUUGGUGACGACACCUUAGCAAUAGAGAGUGUACUUGAAUGCGAUACUCAACGUAAGAAUCUCCUAGACAAAGAGAAGGAGCUGCAGACAAGAAUAGCAAAUGGGGACACAGACGACACCUUGUCCUCCCAGCUGUCGGAAGUGUAUGCCGAGCUGCAGGCCAUUGAGGCAGACAAGGCCCCAGCCAAGGCCAGCGUCAUCCUGAACGGUUUGGGCUUCAACCCUGAAAUGCAGACGAGGAAGACCCGCGAGUUCUCCGGUGGCUGGAGAAUGAGGAUCGCACUGGCCAGAGCACUGUUCACGCAACCAGACCUGCUGCUGCUUGACGAGCCGACGAACAUGUUGGAUAUGAAGGCCAUUAUAUGGCUUGAGAACUACUUAUUAACCUGGCCAACGACGCUUCUUGUAGUCUCCCACGACAGGCACUUCUUAGAUAUGGUUCCGACAGAUGUUUUGCACCUCCACUCACAGGCCAUAGACAGUUAUAAGGGCAAUUACGAGAACUUUUCCACGACAAGGGAGGAGAGACACAAGAACAUGCAGAGAGAGUACGAGGCCCAGUCGCAGUUCCGGCAGCACGUCCAGGAAUUCAUUGACAAGUUCAGAUACAAUGCCAAGCGAGCAUCAUUGGUCCAGUCAAAAAUUAAAAUGCUGGAAAAGCUCCCAGAACUCAAGCCCGUAGAAAAAGAAACAAUUGUAACACUAAGGUUCCCAGAGGCAGAGAAGCUGAACUCGCCGAUCCUGCAGUUAGACGAAGUCGAGUUUUCUUACAAAAAGGAUGUAGUCAUUUUCAGCAAAGUCAACCUCUCGGCUGCCAUGGAUUCGAGAAUAUGUAUUGUUGGUGAAAAUGGUACGGGAAAAACAACGUUGCUUAAGAUUUUGCUUGGUGACUUGUCUCCCACAAAGGGACACAGGUUCUGUAAUAGAUCGUUAAGAAUAGGCUACUUCACCCAGCAUCACGUGGACCAGUUGGAUAUGCGAUUAUGUCCUGUCGAACUUCUGCAGAGCAAAUACCCAGGAAAACCAGUUGAGGAGUAUCGCCGUCAGCUUGGUGCUUUUGGCGUUAGUGGAGAUUUGGCUGUGCAGCAACUGGCCAGUCUGUCAGGAGGUCAGAAGUCCAGAGUGGCCUUCUCACUGAUUUGCAUGGGCAAUCCCAACUUCUUCAUUCUUGACGAACCGACCAAUCACUUAGAUAUUGAGACGAUCGAAGCUCUGGGGAAGGCAAUACAGAAGUUCAAGGGAGGCGUGGUCCUUGUAUCCCACGACGAGCGACUCAUCCGCAUGGUGUGCACCGAGCUGUGGGUGUGUGGGGAAAAGCAAGUCGUCUGCAUGGAGGGCGGCUUUGACGAGUACAGAGCCAUUGUGGAGAAGGAGAUUCAGGCCACCAUAUAAAGGGCAUUCUAGGCUUCAAACAAUUUUUACAUAAAUGCCAUUGAUUAUACGCUCGCAGGACAAAGUGGAAGUUUUAAAUUUCUUUAUGCAUAAUUUUUCUCUUUUUUUCGUACAUUUAUUUUCCUCCUCUUAAUGUUUGGUUGUUUUUUUUCUCAAUUUCUUAUAGGUAUUAUUAUUAUUAUUAUUAUUAUUAUCAUUAUCAUUAUUAUUUUACUUGUUAUUGUUGUUAUUAUUAUCAUUAUCAUUAAUGUUAUUGUUAUCAUAAUUAUUAUUAUUAUUAUUAUUAUUAUUAUUAUUAUUAUUAUUAUUGUUACUAUUACUAUUAUUAUUAUCCUUAUUAUUACUAUUAAUACUAUUGAUAUUAUUAUUGUUAUUAAUAGUAUUGAUGUUAUUAUAUUAAUACUAUUGAUAUUAUUAUUAUUAAUAUUGCUAUUAUUGCUAUAAAUACUACUAUGAUUAUUAAUAUUAUUAUUAUUAUUUAUUAUUGUUGUUAUUGUUAAUUGUUUUUCUUUUUUGCAUUUGAGACCAGAUUAUAAAUAAUGUACUACAUCAUGCAGUCCUAUCAUAUGAGUUACAGUAGAGACAGUUAAUGUGAGUGCAACUAAUGUUAGUAUUUCUGCAAAAAAAAAAAAAAAAAUCAGGAUACAUACCAUAUGCAUAAAUGCUUUUAUACUGGAAGCAAGUGUUUAUAUGAAUUACAUAUAUAUAUCUGUCUUUAUGUAUUUUAUUCCUCCCAUGCAUUUUAUUAUAAACUAACUUGUCACCGUAUUAUGACUUUAUUUAUGAUUGAUAUUAUUUUAUUUGUCUAUUUGCUAUCUUUAUUUAUUAUUUUUUAUUUCUCCAUGUAAUAAUGGUGCUGAAAAUGAGAGAAAUUUCCAUAAGGAAAACAUGUCGAACAUAUUAUAUGCAUUCAAAUUUG